AUGGUUGACCUGCAAAAUGCUCCGUGGGCUUUUAACCAAAUGCAGGGAACCAAAAUAGUAGAUGCAUCUCAUGAUCAGGACACCACGGAUUUACACAAGUGUGUUGUGUACAUCAGUGAUUUUUUCGACCUGCAAAUUUCAAAUUUAUGCAUUGUUGUUGUUGGGGCCCUCGGUGGGCAUGAGAUUGGAAACAUCAAUGUAUUAUAUCGCUUCUCAACCAUACGAAUAAUUCUUCUGAAUGAUGACUGCCUUAUCCAACUUCUUCCCAGAAGUCAUCAUCAUGAGAUCCACAUCAAGCCCUCUAUUCUGGGCCCACAUUGUGGACUAGUGCCUGUGGGUAUGCCAUCAACAAACACAACAACAACAGGAGGCCUUCAGUGGGAUCUAAACAAUACGAAGAUGGAAUUUGGUGGCUUGAUCAGUACAUCAAAUAUUGCAAAAGGACAGAUUGUGACUGUGCACUCUGAUACCGAUCUCAUUUGGACAAUAUCCAUCAGAAAGACAUAAUGGCUAUCACUCGUGAGAUGACGUCUGAGCUCUGUGUUUCUGGCUGCUGCUUUAGUUAGAAGGUUUUGUGAAGGCCGGAAACUUUCGGCAGAUGUUAUUCUUCACUUUUUUACUUCUUCUGUUCUUCUUUAAACAGUUGGAUACUAUGAGAUUCCUGGCUCCAA